AUGACGGAAAAAAAAAUUGUAGCAGCAAUUGAUUCAUUUUCGAAUCUACUUACUGUUCAAAUAAUCAAGUCUGGAUCUGGGGAAGAAGUGAAACAGUUUUUGGUGAAAAAAAUAGAAUGUAAAUAUGGUCUACCAAGAGCUAUACAUUCUGAUAAUGCCAAAAUAUUUACAUGUGGUGCUGUGAAACAUUAUUGUAAAGAAAAAAAUAUACUUCAAAGUUUUAGUGAAAAAUAUUCACACUGCACAAAUCAUAAAAUAGAAAGAGCUUUUUCAACUUUUCAACUUGCAAUAAGAAAAGUUAGAAAAAGAAAGUGGGAAUAUGAGUUGGAUUAA